AUGGGGAACGUAUUGGCCGCUAGCUCGCCGCCCGCAGGGCCGCCGCCGCCGCCUGCGCCUCCCCUCGUGGGACUGCCGCCACCUCCGCCCUCUCCUCCCGGCUUCACGUUGCCGCCACUCGGGGGCGGCCUGGGCGCUGGAGCUGGCACAGGUCGAGGUUCCGAACGGACCCCCGGGACUGCGGCUGCCAGCGCUGGAGGGACCGGCGACGAUGGGGCCUGCGGCUGCCUGCCCAACCCGGGCACGUUCGAGGAGUGCCACCGGAAGUGCAAGGAGCUGUUUCCUGUUCAGAUGGAAGGUGUCAAGCUCACAGUCAACAAAGGGUUGAGUAAUCAUUUCCAGGUGAACCACACAGUAGCCCUCAGCACAAUCGGGGAAUCCAACUACCACUUCGGGGUCACGUAUGUGGGGACGAAGCAGCUGAGUCCCACAGAGGCAUUCCCCGUGCUGGUGGGUGACAUGGACAAUAGUGGCAGCCUCAAUGCUCAGGUCAUUCAUCAGCUGGGCCCUGGCCUCAGGUCCAAGAUGGCCAUCCAGACCCAGCAGUCGAAGUUUGUGAACUGGCAGGUGGAUGGGGAGUACCGGGGUUCCGACUUCACAGCAGCCGUCACUUUGGGGAACCCAGACGUUCUGGUGGGUUCAGGAAUCCUCGUGGCCCACUACCUCCAGAGCAUCACGCCGUGUCUGGCCCUGGGUGGAGAACUGGUCUACCACCGGCGCCCUGGGGAGGAGGGCACUGUUAUGUCACUAGCUGGGAAGUAUACAUUGAACAACUGGUUGGCGACAGUAACACUGGGUCAGGCGGGCAUGCAUGCAACGUACUACCACAAAGCCAGUGACCAGCUGCAGGUGGGUGUGGAGUUCGAGGCCAGCACAAGGAUGCAGGACACAAGUGUCUCCUUCGGGUACCAGCUGGACCUGCCCAAGGCCAACCUCCUCUUCAAAGGCUCUGUGGACAGCAACUGGAUCGUGGGCGCCACGCUGGAAAAGAAGCUCCCGCCGCUGCCUCUGACGCUGGCCCUCGGGGCCUUCCUGAAUCACCGAAAGAACAAGUUCCAGUGCGGCUUCGGCCUCACCAUUGGCUGA